AUGAAGAGAAACUAUACACAAGUGGUUGGUGAAGUUAGCAACACUCAACACUUGGAAUCAAAACUAUUAGAUUUGACUAAUGUGCUAAGUCAAAUGGUGGUGGGAAGUGGUCAACAAUUGAUGGUAUGUGGCAUUUGUGCAAUGACAGGCCAUUAUACGGAUAAGUGUGCCACACUUGGAAGUGAACCGGAAGAUGUGAAUGCAAUGGGCGGAUAUCAAGGUCAACUAAGACCCAUGGGAUUUCAAAACAAUUUCAACCCAAAUUGGAGGAAUAACCAAAACAACCCUUAUCCACCAAAGCAAAAUCCACCAAAUCUUUUGAUGAGACCCCAACAUCCACAAUACCAAUCCCAAAAACCUCCAUAUCCACAAAAUUAUUAUAACCCUCCAAACUACCAACAACCACCACAACAAGGCCAAUCAAGUGGUAACCAUCAAAUGAACCUUCAAGAACUUGUCGCUUCUCUUGCUCAAAGCCAAACCCAAUUUCAACAAGAAACCAAGAACACCUUCUUCAACAUUCAAGCACAAAUCGGAGACUUGGCCACCGCUAUCAACAAGAUAGAACAAAGGGGUAGACUUCCAUCUCAAACCGAGAAGAACCCCAAUAUGAGUGCAAUAACUUUGAGAAGUGGCAAAGCACUUGGAGAAAGCAACCCUAAAAGAGUUUCAAGAGAAGAAGAAGAAGAUGAGGUUAUUGUUGUUGAGCCUCCGAAGGUUGAAGCUACUCCAAAGGAACCGGUUGUGCCAAACGUUGAUCAACCCGACUCUUCCAACAAACCCAUCAAACCAUUGGUCAUACCACCGCCCUUCCUUUCCCGGUUAGCCUUUUCCAAGAAGAUAGAGGAAGAAAAUGAAUUAUUUGAAACUUUUCGCAAGGUCCAAAUCAACAUUCCACUAUUGAAUGCUAUUAAGCAAAUUCCAAGUUAUGCAAAAUUCCUCAAGGAUUUAUGCACCAAGAAGAGAAAACUCAAGGCAAAUGAAAAGAUUCAAGUCAAUGCAAAUGUGUCUGCGGUUAUCCAAAAUAAGUUACCUCCCAAAUGCAAGGAUCCGAUAAUAUUUUUUAUCCCUUGUACCAUUGGUGAUUUGCAUGUCGAAAGUGCCAUGCUAGAUCUUGGAGCCUCGAUCAAUGUGAUGCCAUAG